GUUCAAACACUCACUGAUGCUCCAGAAGAAGAAACCAUGCACUAAGAGCUGAAUGGAGCAGAAUGGAGAAGCGUCCGUGCACUGGUGUAUCGUAUGUUUCUGGUCUUACUGUGAGUGUGUUACCUGUGCAGGUGAUCGUGAUGUAUCUCCAGGUUCUGGAGUGUGAGAAGAACACCAGAUUGCUUCAGAUGUCCUGGAACUACAUGAACGACAGCUUGAGGACUGAUGUGUUUCUGAGGUUCAGCGCUGAGACAGUUGCGUGUGCGUGUAUCUUUCUAUCCGCACGGGUUUUACAGAUCCCUCUGCCUGCCCAGCCGCCCUGGUUCCUGUUGUUCGGAGCAUCAGAAGAGGACCUGAUGGAGAUCAGUGGGUGUGUUCUGAGGCUGUAUACGCUGCAGUGUGAGUCUCUGGCUGCUCUGCUGCAGAAGGUGGAGGAGAUGCGCUCAGUACUGGACGCUCAGUAUAACACCAGUAAACAAGCAGGACUAGUGUCUGGGACUGAAACCCCCACAGACGGGUUCUCUCCUGCGUCUAAAGCUGCGUCUCCUGCUGAAAACCAGAAGAACCACGACUCUCCGCUGUCAAGUCUCGCUCUCAAAAACGCCUGUCGAAAGAUCACAAGAGACGGGAGGAAGCGUCUGAGUCGCAGUGAUGAAAGGCGAUGUGUCCGCUGUGUCCCCAGACGCAGGCGCAGUCGCAGUGUUUCCUCUCCAUCUCCUGGACACACACACUCCCACAGACAGCGGCGGAGUGAACGAGAACGAGCGCGGAGAAAACCAUACUCCACUCACAGGAAAUGAUGUCAUCAGGCCGGGGGAGGGGCCAGAGCUGACCAAUCAGACGCCGUCUGUAAAACCUCUUAGACUGCCCUUAGAGAUGUGUUUGUAUUGUGUGUUAGAGCUGCACGGUUCAUCGUUAAAAGAUCACCAUCCAUUCAGCCUUUCAG